AGGAGGGAAUAGCCUCUCGCUAAAUCCACUGCAGAGAGAGGGAGUCAGGAGACUGGGGAGAGGAGGAGAGGAUCAGCAGCUGCAGCAUCAGGACCAUGCAACUCUGCAGCCACUGAGACUGGGGAGAGAGAGAGAGAGAGAGAAAGUGCUCCAGACCAGCCGCAUCUCUGCAGCAGGCGCAAGUCAGGAGCGCAUCUCUGCGCCAGGCGCAAGCGCUGAGCCUGGGAGGAUGGGGAUACGGCAGCUGGCUCUCUGCACCAUGCUCUUCUCCAUGCUGCAUCCAAGUUUCGAGGCUCAUUUUGCUCAACAGCCCUCGGAUCAGGUGAUCGUAGCUGGCAAGUCGGUGACCCUCCCCUGUGUGGUGAUCGGCUAUCGAGGGGUAGUCCAGUGGACAAUGGACGGUCUGGCAUUAGGAGCAGAGAGAGACCUUCCAGGCUGGUCCCGUUACUCCAUCAUAGGAGACCACGCUUCAGGAGAGCACAACCUGCACAUAGAAGAAGUGGAGUUGAACGACGACGCCAUUUACGAGUGCCAAGCGACUCAGGCGGCGCUGAGGUCGCAGCGGGCUCACCUGACCGUGCUGGUUCCCCCUGGAGAACCUUUGAUUCGCGGGGCUCCUGUAUUUAAUGUCCUGCUGGACACCCCUUACAACUUGACCUGCCUGGCGCCGGCAGCAAAACCGGCAGCUGAGAUCACGUGGCACCGCGAUGGCAAACAUCUGGAUUGGGCGAUUUACUCCAAGCAGCUGCUGUCAGAUGGCAAGAGCGAGGAUGCUGUCAGCAGUCUCUUGAUCACCCCGAGUUUUGCCGACGCUGGAUCCAGCUACACGUGUCGGGUCAGGAACUCCGCGCUGCCUGAGGGUCGGGAGAGAUCGGUGACACUGAGUGUGCAGUAUGCCCCUAAAGUGACGCUUUCGGUGGAUCCCCCCACAGUCUCAGAAGGUGGUUCCGUCACCUUCCUCUGUAGCGCCGUUUCCAACCCAGAGGUGACAAGUUAUCGCUGGGCAAAGGGAGGCGUUCCUCUUCUUGUCUCAGAGGACCGCUACCAUGUAGCGGUGGACCACACAUUUUUCACUGCUCCGGUUUCGUGCGAGGUGUCUAACAGCGUGGGGAGCACCAACGUGAGCACGGCUGUGAACGUCUUAUUUGGACCUCGCCUGUUAACAGAGCCUCGUCCUAUGACAGUAGAUGUAGGUGGAGAUGCUUCCUUCUUCUGUGGUUGGACUGGAAAUCCCACCCCAACCCAGUUCUGGAACAAGAAAGGGUCCUCAGAGGUGUUAAGUAAUGGAAACACUCUGUCGCUGAACAAGGUGUCCCGGGAGGAUACCGGAACCUAUGUGUGCAAAGCCAUUGUGCCCCGUAUCGGAACCAUGGAAAGAGAAGUAACGCUGACUGUGAGAGGGCCACCGGUCAUCUCAAGUGAAUUAACCUAUGAGAGCAUUCUCGGAGGAAAAGCACGGCUGGAAUGCCUGGUGGAGGCCAUACCCGUCCCAGAUAGAAUUAUUUGGUCCUGGGACAAGUACAGCCUGGAUGAAGGCACGUUGGGACGUUUUUCUGUGGAGACACGAGUGACAGACAGCGGCGCCGUUUCAUUGCUCGUUAUUGACGGGACGGAGCCGUCUGACUACACAGCGCCGUUUAAUUGCACGGCCGUCAAUCAGUUUGGAGAGGACUCUGCCAUCAUCUCUCUGAGACAGCAAGCCGCCCUGCCGCUGAUGCUGCUUAUGAUCGCAUUGGGCUUAGGAACACUCUGUCUCUUUGUGCUGGUUACAAUCUGUGUACUCUGCUGUCGGCGGCCUCGAAAAGACGUGAAAGACACCCAGAUACUAGCAGUGGAGGUUUCGGGCAGUGAAAACAGUGAACGACACCCCAGUGACUCAGAGGAAGACCUCAAAGAACCAUUGCACACAGACACCGAAUCUCGUGGAACAUCGCAGACAGAACACAGCGAUAUCCCGGACGAGUCUCAGGACCCAACGAACGGCUAUUACAAAGUCCGAGCUCACGAAGACUCGCGUCCAACAACGGUGGCUUACCCAGAGUUCUCUUCUCCUCCCCGCCCGCUAUACUCUGCCCCUACCAAUCUCACCCCACUCUGCCCCACCCCAGCCUUACCAGGAGCUCCCAAGCUGUAUGACUAUGCCCACAGAUAUGCCACCACUCCGCGUCAAGGGAGCGAACGAGUCCACAUACCGCAAGGGCCGUCGUGUAACGCGCCCUCGGGUCCUGGCAUUCAUGCAGCACCUUACGCCAGGGCAUUUUGCAGUUACGUCCGUCCGGAACGUUUUGAAACUCUGGAGUCAGGCCCUACGCUCUCGCGCCUGUCCUACGCCUCUCUCUCAACACACUGCGACUACGGCCGACCGGCACAGCAGCGAAUGCAAACUCACGUGUGAGCCUGGUUCUUUCAUGACAGACAAGCUAGCACAGCUGAGGGACCGUGGACUGCGACUUGGGAGAAAAGUCGGACUGUCGGCCAUCUUGUGCUCAAAAUGGCGCCUUACGUCUUCCUGUUGACAUUUAUAACCUGCACUGAGCAACCUUUUACACCCAGGGUACACUUAAGAUUACGGAUUCCCUGAAAAAAAGCUAAAUUCUAUGGAUCCAUCCAGUUUCUGAACAAGAAAAUAUUUGAAACGGAAUUAAGACUCUUCGGGGCAGGUCCAAAACCAGCUUCUUUUGUGAAAUUAAUAACUGAGGACUGUUCGGAGUAAACCUAAAAUCUGACUGUAGGACGAACCAUAAUUUCUAGUACAUAUAUAGUAUUAAAUCAGCUCAGUUGUUGAGCUUCAUCAGGAAAUCCGCAUGGAUCAGCACGAAUACGGUCAAAAUAAUGAAACUUAGUGACCCUGCUGUGUUAAGGGGGAAACAGCGCCCUACUGUGGCUCUUUCAUGUACUGCAGGUUGGGUUUUGAUUUUUUUUUUUGCAGAUAUAUUAUUUUUAAUACAAAUUAUAAUGUACAGUAUAAAUAUCAUAGGAAUCGAACGCGUAUGUUAAGACAAUUCUGUAUAUAGGUUUAUAAAGUUGCUUUCUUGAGCACUGUGUGAUUAAGAGGGCCAGCUGAUUUUAGUAGGGCAGUUUUGGAACAAUUAAGUUGCACCCUGCCUAUUAUUUAUUAACCCUUCAGAAUGCCAGGGCACGCUGUAAGGCAGGUCACUACGUACUCUGGGAACGUGGCUUCCAAAUACGGAAUUAAAAGAAAAUCUUUUCAUUGGGUAUAAUGCUAAAGAUUAGUAAAUAUUAAUUUAUUAUGUAGUCUAUUUAAGACAUGGAUACAAAAAGUCGGCUUCAGAUAAGUGAAAAUCGCUGAAUAAAUACAGUAUUGUAUAUGAUAAAUACACCUUUAUUUUCAAGAUUAUAUAUAUAUAUAUAUAUAUAUAUAUACAGUAUAUACUCUCAUUCACGGCAUAAGAUUUGAGUACAAAUCGGUCAUCAAUGAGAAACUGUAUAUAUAUAUAACGCUAAAAACAUUCACUAGAAUCAUAUUUCAGGAAAUUGUUUAAAGAGUGAGGGGCGUAUUUACUAAAGAUCAAUUUUAAUAUCGCUGUAAAUCGGUCGAUGUUGGGCAAUUAUAAGUCAUGUAACAUCUGUCGUUUUUUGUCAGUCCCAUUCAAAAUUGACUGCAAAUGCAUUAAAAAAAAUUGACACCCCCCC